AUGGCGCCCAACAACAACUCUCUAGACGUCUGCGUCAAUUACAUCGUGGAGACAGAUCGACUGGCGGUCGGGAAGUUCGCGGCUGUGAGCCAAUCUCUGGGAGAGGUUCCGAAGACGAGCAAAUUGACUAGCAAACGGUUGGACCAAAUCGACGACAUGCUCACGUGGCUGGAGGAUGAUGCUCGCAUGACUUCAGGACUGAGAGCGCGCUCUAUAGCUGAAGACGUCCUUCUCACGAUGUUCAACCGAGAGGACUUCCACUUCCCGGAUGCACAAAAGUAUCAGCAGAAGCCCUCUAUUAACGAACGAGUGAAGUGGAAUGAAGGACAAUCAAGUGAGGCCAACGAUGCUGACAGUGCUGUCGAUCUGCCUGCGGCAAGGGCAAAGACCACGUCGAAAAGACAUCGUACGGAAGAUACUGAAGGCGCCGAAAAGCGGGUCGUGUAUCCACGAGCGGAUCAUGCUAUUUGGGGUCUAGAAGGAAUCAUGCAUGGUGUAGCCAUGUCUAUCAGUAUGAAGACGAAUGGUUCAACGAGGAAGUCACUUCUGUACGACGAUCGAUACGACACGAGCCGCCGUAGUGCCAAAGCAUAUGGCCAUAACGGCAUUGAGGUUGGGAUGUGGUAUUCACGACAGCUAGUGGCCUGCUUUCAUGGUGCGCAUGGUCACCAGCAAGCAGGCAUAUAUGGCGACGCCACCACAGGCGCGUACUCUAUUGUCGACGAUCUGGACACCGACCAUGGGAAUUAUCUUUACUACUCUGCUCCGAACAGCCACAACAAUGACGACCCAAGACAACCGCCUGAAGCAGGCUCUGGUUCUUUAGCUCUACAGACGUCUAUGCGAAAGCAGCGUCCAGUACGUGUGCUUCGAACUUCUACCGGCAAGAGCAAAUGGGCGCCAUCUCGUGGACUCCGCUACGAUGGUCUCUAUCUUGUUGUCACACUGAACCAUCCAAUCAAUUGA